AUGAUGAUGGACGUUGGAGCUCUGCGGCAAUGGCUGAUCGCGACCGCGUUCGUUCUCGGCAGCUGUGGCAAUGUUUUCGCACUAUGGAUCUUGUACAAAUCGGCGAAAACACGGAAUGCCAAGCAUGUGUUGAUGCUGCGAUGUUUGGCCGUCAACGAUUUGGUCGCCCAGCUGGGCAUGCUCACGUUGAUGGUGCUGCCCAAGAUGGUAUCCAUUCCGAUUUAUUGGAUGUGUGUAUUAUUUGUGAUGCUGCGCGCUUUUGGUUUGGGUUCUGGGUGUGUGGCGCUCGUGAUGGCCAUCGAGCGAUGGCUCGCUUUGACUAGGCCAUUUGUCUAUCAACAGUACGUCACGAAAGUAUUCCUUGGACGAACAAUUUUUCUGUUGUGGGUGUUUGCUGCACUGUUGACAUACACUCCGUUUUUUGGGUUUGGCUUGUUCUAUGAGAACGGAAAAUGUUGUCGCUAUCGUCAAGCCACCGAAGUCUUAGACAUCGUUUACGCCUAUUUGUUUCUGCUUUUCGGUAAUUGCAUCGUCCUUAUCAUUUUCGAUUGUGCUAUUUAUGUGUUUGCAGGAACAACUUUGUGCUUCUGCAUCGCUUAUUUCAACUCGCAGGUGUUUGUUGCCUUGAGCCGUAUUGGGCGCAAACAGGAAAAGGUACUAAUUCGACGCGUGAGUCGCGCGAUCAUUACCCAAAAUGGCGUCAACCACAAAAAUAUCCCUACCACUGAGGAAUUGGCCUUUGCCAAACUGAUGGCAUUUAUUUGCAUCGUAUUCGUCGCAUGCUGGAUGCCUCAAAUGAUAUCAAUUCCGUUGACGCAAUUUUUUCCGACAAGUAAAUUUUGUGCGAUCUUUUCGCGUAUUGCUGAUGUCUUGAUGUGCGUUUACUUUAUGCUGGAUCCAUACAUUUAUGUUCUACAUCAGCAUGUGGAAAAGACACGUUUUCGUAUUGGUUUCACCCGUCAAAGGUCUUCGGAAAAUGCUACAACUACUCCGAAUAAUACACCCACAACGGAUUUACUCGAGAAGCCACGCUUUGAUGUUCCCGAGACGGUUUAGUAUCUUAAGGGAACUGUAUUACCGCGCCAGCUACUGCUUAGAAUUUUCAUCAUGAUUACACAAAUUGUCAUCAUUUCAUUUACAAUUUGGCGUCAGUGAGCUGGAGCAAACGGCGGCUUUGAUGUGUCAAUAAAUUAAAAUAAAUGUUA